UUCAAUAAUAAUAUGUCAGUACUUAUUUAACUACUUUUGUACUGUUAUAAAGUUAGUUAAAUUAAAAAACAAUUCAAUCAACACAUUAUGGAUUUGUGCAAAGUUUUAUUGAAAAUAUUUUUUAUUCUGUUCUUGUUAUUUUUCUCAAUGAAUGAUGUGCAAUCUUUGAUAAAAAGAGAAUAUAUUGAUAAACUCAAUAAUAUAUUGUCAUUCAGUAAUUCAUGGAAACUUUUUGACAACAUCACUGUUGUGGUAAACAAAAACACGUUUACAGUUUAUGAUUUAUUUGAUAUUAAAGUAGCUUGUGAUGAUGUUGUGCUAGAUGAUACACGAGCUACCAAAAAUAUCAUAAUACCUACUAAUUUUACGGUCAAUGAUAAUAACUAUCAACAAAAAUUAGAGUUGACAAUUGGAUUUAUCAAAUGCAAAUACAUAGAAAAAUUAAGGUAUAUUUUCAGUUUUUUGUAUUUAAUGUUAAAAGAAUGUAAAGCAUCAUUGAAUGAUUUAUAUAAUAAAUCUACACAUUUAGAAUCCAUUAAUCUUUACAAAAAUAUAACCACUUUGGUUGAAAAAAUAAGUAAACGUAUAAAUGAACUAAUAGGUAUUAUGAUUGAAAUAUUGAUUAUUCUUCAUGAUAUGGACAUACAUUCUAAAAUUAGUUCAUUUUUAUACCAGAAACUAAUUAAUUUAUUCAAUUAUCAUAUUUAUGUACAAAAUAUUGAUGAAUUCUUAGUAAAAAUACAACAAAUAUGUAAUCAACUCAGAAAUGUGGGGCGUUAUAAUUGCAAAAUCAAAAAAAUUCAUUCACAAAUUGAAAAAAGUUUAGCAUUAGAAUUUGUAAAUGUGUUAUCAACUACUGUUAAUAAAACUAUGUUUGAUAAAUUUGAAGACUAUAUUAGUCAUAAAAUUGAGACAGAAAUUUGUGAAAUUCUGGAAAAAAAUGAUUUAUACAGCAACAUGUUACCAAAAAAUUUGGAAUAUCAUAAUCUAGUAGUAGCACACGCAAAUAGAGUAAAGUAUUAUGAAAUUACAGAGUAAAAUGAUUUAAUUUUGUAGUUGAAACCUAUCAUAUCAAA